CUCUCUCUUUCUCUCUCUCUGCUCUCAUUCCUUUGUGCUUGUUCUUUUUUUAACCUUUCGCUCUCACUCUCUCUCUCUCCUCCCUCUUACUGCGUGUGUGUGUGAAAAACAGACGCCCAUGUGAGCAGCAGCGGUGGUCCCGAGCGUCAGCGCCAGAGAAAUCUCAACGGCACCAUUCCAGCGUUCUGCUGCGGAUCAGGCGACGGGCAUGUGAGAAGAUGUCCGUGGGAGGCUGCGCGUGUCCCGGCUGUUCCUCCAAGUCUUUCAAGCUGUACUCCCCAAAGGAACCGCCCAACGGCAGUGCUUUCCCCCCCUUCCACCCCGGCACCAUGCUGGACAGAGACGUGGGCCCGACGCCCAUGUAUCCCCCCACAUACCUGGAGCCAGGAAUCGGGAGACACACGCCGUAUGGAAACCAGACAGACUACAGGAUAUUUGAACUCAACAAGCGACUUCAGAACUGGACUGAGGAGUGUGAUAAUCUGUGGUGGGAUGCUUUCACUACUGAAUUCUUUGAAGAUGACGCUAUGCUGACCAUCACAUUUUGUCUGGAGGACGGUCCGAAACGAUACACAAUCGGCCGGACGCUAAUUCCACGUUACUUCAGGAGCGUGUUUGAGGGCGGAGCCACUGAGCUCUACUACAUCCUCAAGCACCCUAAAGAGUCUUUCCAUAACAACUUUGUGUCUCUGGACUGUGAUCAAUGUACGAUGGUCACACAGAACGGCAAACCCAUGUUCACACAGGUUUGCGUGGAGGGUCGUCUGUAUCUGGAGUUUAUGUUUGAUGAUAUGAUGAGGAUAAAGACGUGGCACUUCAGCAUCAGACAGCACAGAGAACUCAUUCCCCGCAGCAUCCUGGCCAUGCACGCACAGGACCCACAGAUGUUGGACCAGCUGUCCAAAAACAUCACCAGAUGUGGCCUCUCCAACUCCACCCUCAACUACCUCCGAUUGUGUGUUAUCCUGGAGCCCAUGCAGGAGCUGAUGUCCAGACACAAGACGUACAGCCUGAGUCCCAGGGACUGCCUGAAGACGUGUCUCUUUCAGAAGUGGCAGAGGAUGGUCGCUCCUCCCGCUGAACCGGCCAGACAGGCACCAAGCAAACGACGAAAGCGCAAGAUGUCGGGCGGGAGCACGAUGAGCGCGGGCGGUGGCACCAAUAACAACAGCAACAGCAAGAAGAAGAGUCCUGCAAACAGCUUCCCACUGUCCAGUCAGGUCCCUGAUGUGAUGGUGGUAGGCGAACCCACUCUGAUGGGGGGAGAGUUCGGUGACGAAGACGAACGACUGAUAACGCGGCUGGAGAACACGCAGUUUGACGCCGCCAACGGCAUCGACGACGAGGACAGCUUUAACAACUCGCCCGCGCUGGGUGCCAACAGCCCCUGGAACAACAAGCCUCCAUCCAGCCAGGAGGGGAAGAACGACAACCCCACCUCACAGGCGUCUCAGUGAGACUCAGGGCUGGGGGCGGGAGGGGGUGAGGCUGGGGAAAGCCAAUGGGAGCGUUGGGAGUCAGAUGGGAAGAAAGAAGAGUUGGUUCAUCUAUGUGCAGAACGGCACCCAGCGCUGGUCUUCCUGUGUUCGCAGGAAAUAAACACAGAUGACCAGAGAUGAGAGCCAGAACAGUUUACACACACAGACAGACAGAGGACUCACAGAGUUUCUAAUCAAGCGCUCAUGGUUUUAUUCUUGUUGUUUUAUGGGGUUGAACCUCCUCUGAGGAGCAUGUAGAUAUAGUUCAUUAAGUUAAGAUGGGACGGAGAAACCCUUGGCUGGAAGAAACUGACCGUGUAAAGCGUCAACAUGUCAAAAAGGCAACAGAUGAAUCUCUAAAACUUGUUAAGAACACGUCUAGGUCAAAUCAUUUUUCUUUUUCCCAUUAUUUUUAUUACUGUAGUACAGUUUUUCCUUUUAUUGUAAAAACUGUUGUGCUACUAUUAUUAUCUGCAUAAUUUAAAACAUUUUAUUGGCAAACACGCUACAAUAAUGUAUGAAUAGAUACUUUAUUACAUAAUACAGAGAAUUGGGCGAGGUAUUGUCAUUAAAAUAAUGAUGGUUCCAAAAAUAGACAUUUUGUUUUGGUUUAGAUUUGAAGUAUGUUCACGUGUUCUUCACAGAUCUCAGAGAUUCACAUGCAUUUCCGGUCUAAAGAGUCUGGCAAGAGUUCAGGUCUUCCUCUGACGAAUGUUUGAAACUGUGAGCGCGUCACGUUUAAUAGCCUGGAUCCGUUCUUCUUUAAAGUUGACAUUUUGGAGAAUUUUAUCCGUGUUUUAUACCAGCCUCGAUUUCCCUAGAAUGUUUUUAUUUCAUUUCUCUUUUUUUACCGACAACGAAAGCUGCGAACCAAGGAGAAACGGGCCCACUGAGGUCCUAAUAAAUUCAACCCUCAGAUUCUAUUGGUUUGUAUUAUUUUUUAAAGAGAGUCAUUUAGUGUGGGCUUUUGAUUCAUUUCUGUGUAUUUGUGCUUGUAUAUUUAAGGUAGUAGCAGAGUUCUGUAAAACUGUAUUGAGAUGUAUUCCUCUUUAGAGUCACAUAAAGCCAUUCUGAUCUAAUGUGUAAAAACAGGAAAAGGUGAAAGAUUAAACACACGAGCUUCGUCUCUUCCCCGUUAUUAUUAAUAUUUUUUCCAUUUGUGUAAAACUGAAUGAGAUCAAGGGCACAAUCUCUGUUGUUUGUUUGGAUUUCAGAUCCACUUCAUACACAAAAGAGAUGCUUUAAAUGUGAUUGACAUCUUAUGUUUCUGGAUUGUUUUUCAGUCUCUCUUACAUACACAUGAAGGUUUACUUUUAUUUUGUAAAGAGAUGCCAGUUAUGCAUAACUAAAUGUGUUUCUUUAACAAGUUGGUCGUUUUUCUAUCACUCAAUACUGCUGAAAUCUAACUCGGUUGUUUUUACUCUUUCACUUUUUUUCUUUUCUCUGCUGGACGAGUUUGAAUUAAAGCUCUGCACUUGUAAUUGAAACAAACUGGUGACUUUAACCUUGUAGAUGCCCCUGACUUUGAUAGAGCUUUGUUUUUCUUCCUCUUAUUUCUGCCCUUGAUUAAAUUAAUGUAUGGAAUCAAUAAAAUAUGAAUUUUCACUUUAA